AUGCGUAGAGGCGCCUCCCGCCCGUCAACGCGUGGUCCCAGCAACAGCAACGGCGGCAGCACUCCUAUGAAAGGGCGGCGUGGUCGAGGCCGGCUGUUGCGCCGUGGUGUUAUGCUUACUAUCACCGUAGCUGUGUGUCUGGUGGUGGCUACAUGGUUCUGGCCGCAGCAGAAGCAGAAGCAGCCACAAGGUGAUGUACACAUAGAAGAUGCCGCUCUGGUUGUGGAGGGGCCGUGGGGACGCGCAACACGGCGUCCGCCCUACGCACAGCUGCAGCCUCGCACCCAACUGACACUGCAACCCACAAAGGACAGGGAUGCUACUGCCGGGGAUGCUCAGUCUUCUAACGUGGCGGAUGUCUUGUCGUCGCUCGCAGUGCUUCUCCCGCCAACGCAGCAUCACGAAGCAAUCAUGCGGAAGAUUAACAGAGUGCUGAGUUUUGGUACACGAGUGGCCGGCUCCUUUUCGCCGGGACACCGCAAGAUGUUAGAGUUCCUCGUGGCGGAGGGCCAGUGGCUACCGCCACGCGAGGCGCUCUUCAGCACGGCUGCUGUUGCGGAGUUUCCGGCGUUUUACUGGGAGCUGGAGUGGGACAACUUCACGAGUGCGACGCCGUUGGGGGAGCGGCAGUUCUCUAAUGUUGUGUUUCACUUCAAUGGCGGCAGCGCUUUUCGGCAGCGGAGCAAGGAUAAAGCAGGAACGCGGAAAGAGAAGCUGUCGAAGCAGCGUCCUUCGUUCGCCGCUGCGGGUGGCCGCAAGCUGGCCGGAGAGCAGCUUGAACACGUUGUGCUGGCGGCGCACUGGGACAGCAAGCACUACACAGGUUUUGACUUCCUUGGUGCCUGCGACUCUGCUGUCCCUGUCGUGUACCUGCUGGAAACGAUGCGGCUCAUUGCGGUCCUCGCAGACACAGCCGCCGUCAUGACAGCGGCAGCAGAAGCAUCCAAAGCUGUGGAGAGUGGCGACGUUUGCAGACGUUUACGUGAUGCGCUCUCGCCGGCGUAUAGGGCAGUGCUGCGCUAUCACUACGCCGACGAUGCGGAGACCAUCAACUGCCUUCAUGGAGGAUCAGCGGGAGACGGAAGAGAAUGGGUACGUAAUGCCUCGUCUGGCGUCCAUGGCGGCGAGUGGCUGCGGCUGCUGCACCUUGUAAUGCACCUCCCCGCCAUCACGGUGGUGUUUUUUGAUGGUGAGGAGGCGUUUGUUGAAUGGCGCGGCACUGAUCACACGUACGGCUCGCGGCAUUUGGCACAACGGUGGAAAGCGGCGCGAUCAUGGUCUGCCACAGCUGCUGCGGAAGACGCGCCGUCGCGCUUCGACUUCAUCGAUCUCUUCGUGCUGUACGAUCUCAUGGGGACCCCUGGCACGCAGUUUCACAAUUACUUCCCCGAUCAGAGCGGUAUGGCGUUCGCGCUACUCGCGGAGGUAGAGCAGUCGCACCGCGUGCGCGCGGAGCGGCUACUGCGCCUGGAGCUGCAGGCACGAGAAGAAGGACGCACCUGUACGCCACACCUGCCAGAGCUGUGGUGUCGCCACGGGCCUCCGCACGACAUGUACACGCUGUACGGUCUGGCGCGUGUGUUUGGCCCGCUGCAGCACCGCACCGAUCUCGCGCAAUUGUGGGUCCCACCGACUCCUGGCGGAAGUAGCAGCAGCAGCAGCAACAAUAACAACAUUUUCUUUCCCUUCUGGCAGAAGUCAGCGCAGGGACCGACGCUGCAGGCGAGUUUUGGUGUGGAGGACGAUCAUAUUCACUGGAUGGAAACGCAGCGCGUGCUGCAUGUGAUUCCCCUGCCGUUCCCGCCUUCGUGGCACACCGCGCGGGACGACGGCUCUGAACUCGACGGUGGCACCAUAGUGGAUCUCUUUCGCGUGUUGGUGGAGUUUACCUUGCGGCUUGGCGAAGGGUGGUGGGCAAAUACAGGAGCGGAUAGGAGAAAACACGAUAUGGGGUGA